AAUUAUACAUGUACGUAUACGCGUAAACUCGCUUUUAUUAUGUAACGUCAUAUCCGGAAAAAAUUGGAAGGGAAGAUGCUCGAGAGGGUAAAACAUGAAUAUCAAAAAUAGCAAAUACCAUUGUAUCUGAGGCAAAUUCUCCGGCAUUGGUGGAAAAUAGGCAAACUUGUUUGAAAUGAGAAAAACAUAUUAGAAUAUGCAAAAAAUACACUAGCUAUCAACCAAUCAAAAUCUGGCUUUUUUAUGUAAGGUGUUAUUAAAUAUAACAUUAACUUGAAGACGGAUGUUUAUCAUAAGACUUCGACCUGCGUGUUCAUAAGCUAUUUUUAGCCUGGAAGAAUUUCCAACUCCCACACAAAGUAAAAUUAUAUAUAAAUAAAGACAGUAUUGUGAUAUAUAAAUUUCAAAAAGCAAAUUCUAUAAACAUAACGAAUACAGUACAUAAUUGUUUCUUAUAAAAUACUUGUGUGUGUUUUUAAAUAGAAUAUUUCACAUACAAAGAAUUAAGCAGUUUUUCAGUUGGGAUGUAUGGUGAAAUGAACUGCGACAGGUGUGAUAUGGUUCACCGCUUCCCGGAGCCAAUCAGAAAACAUGUUGUGGAAAUUCUCAAAACUGGCCAAGUGUGUAAGGAACUUAUCAAUUAUGACAACAUUUUGCUGUAUUUAGAAGUGAGUUGCAUCUCCCGUCCCCUGAAAACAGCUUGUGAGGAGAAGCUUCUAGAAUGCGUAGCAGUGAUGAAUACAAUAGACGCUUUACAAAUCGCUGAAAAGUAUGAACUUUUACUUCUAAAGAAGGAAGCCAUAGAGUUAAUAGCCGACCAUUUCAAGAAUCUGUGGCAUACUGAUUCGUUUGUAGACCUUCAUGAACUUAGCUUAGAAAGAAUUUGUCAGGUCGAAAAGGUUUUUAAACAUGACGAUGUUUUCCGAGCUUUGGAAAAAUGGCUAAAUAGGAAUCAUGAAAAUCGUUUGAUGUUUUACGGAAAACUUUUACAUUUGGUCCAGAAACAGCGGUCUCCUCGAAAAUAUUUUGACAGUGAAAAAACAUACCAUUUAUAUCAUGCCAUGAUCCUUCCGUCUGUUUUAUCAAAGUAUACAAUAGAAGUGGCUGUCUUCAACUGCGAUGGUGAUCUGGUUUGUCACAGGAAUUUAUUUAAAAGUCAUGACGUAAAAGACAGGUUUUCUGUUGCAUGUGCGCAAAAAGAUGAAACCGAAGCACCUUAUGUUUACAUUGCAUUUGAAAAACAUGUUGUUCGGUACGAUCCUGUUCUGUUAAAGCAUGAAAACUGUCAUAAUCUCAAUCAUCAACGGUCAGAAUGUUCUUUGGUGGUUCUUGGAGAUUUCAUUUACGCUCUUGGUGGCCACCAUAAUGGAAAUAAUGUGUCAGAAAUAGAAGAACUGGACACAAAGCACCAUCGAAAUAAGUUCUUGAUUAAAAAGUCAUGGAAAACAAUUGCACAUCUACCGGACAACGUAAAACUUUCAUUCGCCCCAUGUAUGACUUUUUUGAAUAAAAUAUACAUUGUUGCCGAAUUAUUAAGUAAUGAAAAUAUAAAGUCGACGGGCCUUUUAACUUUUGACCCAAAUGAAAAAUCAGUCGAAAUAGUGGCCAUUUUUUUGAAAAAAUGUUCGGACUGUAGAGCCGUUCUCUAUGAUUCGAAAGUAUUCAUUGCUUCAAGCGAGGGAUAUUUUCUGCAAUAUGACAUCGAGACAAAAACGUUUUCUUCCUGUAAAGAUUUACCUACGAAAGGAACUAAUUUUGGAAUGUAUGCUGCAAGAAACAAUAUUUACUUUGUUGGCGCGUCCGUUUCCGAUAAUAACAUUGAUAGAUUUGAAAAAGAUGGAUAUGAUAUUCAGACAAACAGCUGGAAACGAGAACGAAAACUACCAUGUAAUCUUCCAAUUUAUGGAAGCUGUGACAUUAAAGUCCCUUCCUACACUAAUUUGAUCCCAUUUAAUGAUUCAAGGUGACUAGACAACCAUUUGUUAAGUUGUAUUACUAAUAACGUUGAUUCUUUGCUUUCUAUAUACUCAUUGAGAUGUUUUAAAAUUAAAUUUCCAAAUUGUAAAUCAUAUGUUGAGUUGUUCCUAUGAUUGAAAUCAUUUGCCUGAAGGCUGUAAUUUAACUUAGCAAUAUUAACGAACUAAUAGUACUGCAUGAAAACUCAAAUCAAAACAUUCGAUCAACAAAUGUUUUUGUACGAUAUUUAGGUCAUGUAUUGGAAUCGAUAGUUUGUAGCGUACAAUUAAAAAUGAUGCAUGUAUGCUAAAA